CGGGCCGCCGAGGGCGGAGGGCGGUGGCAGCGCUGGCGCUGGGGACCGAGGGCUCGGUGGUUUCGGGAAGCAGAUCGGCGACGGCUGCCGCUCGCGUAGCUCCGCAUCCCGCCCUCGGCACGGCUCGCAGCCCCCUUGCCACCGGCGUCCGGCGAUGUGUCCCCCCGGCCGGGCGUAGCCGCUGCGCGUGCGCGCAACCGCGGGGCCAUGAGCGAAGCCCGCGGCGGCCGGGGCUGUGGGUCCUCGGUCCCCCAGCGAGCGCCAUGGAGCCUGGUGGCGGCGGCGGCCGCGCUCUGCCUGGUGGCGGCCACGUCCGUGUGGACGGCGGGGGCCGCGCCCAUGAGUAGGGAGGAGAGACAGAAGCUUGGGAAUCAAGUACUGGAAAUGUUUGAUCAUGCUUAUGGUAACUAUAUGGAACAUGCUUACCCAGCUGAUGAACUCAUGCCUUUAACCUGUAGAGGUCGUGUUAGAGGCCAGGAGCCAAGUCGGGGUGAUGUUGAUGAUGCCUUGGGAAAAUUUUCCCUGACACUGAUUGAUUCUUUGGAUACUCUUGUGGUAUUAAAUAAAACUAAAGAAUUUGAAGAUGCAGUGAGAAAAGUUUUAAGAGAUGUUAAUUUAGAUAAUGAUGUAGUUGUAUCAGUCUUUGAAACAAACAUCAGAGUUCUUGGGGGUCUUUUGGGUGGACACUCGCUGGCGAUCAUGCUGAAAGAAAAAGGCGAGUACAUGCAGUGGUACAAUGAUGAACUUCUCCAAAUGGCGAAGCAAUUGGGUUACAAACUUUUACCAGCUUUCAAUACUACCAGUGGCCUUCCUUAUCCAAGAAUUAAUUUAAAAUUUGGUAUCAGAAAACCGGAAGCUCGAACAGGAACUGAAACAGAUACUUGUACAGCUUGUGCAGGUACCUUGAUCCUUGAGUUCGCUGCUUUAAGUCGAUUCACAGGAGCAACAAUAUUUGAGGAAUAUGCAAGAAAAGCUCUUGAUUUUCUCUGGGAAAAAAGACAGCGAAGUAGUAAUUUAGUGGGUGUGACUAUAAAUAUUCAUACUGGAGACUGGGUAAGAAAAGAUAGUGGAGUUGGAGCAGGGAUUGAUUCAUAUUAUGAAUAUCUGUUGAAAGCUUAUGUCUUGCUUGGAGAUGACAGUUUCCUGGAAAGAUUUAAUACACACUAUGAUGCCAUAAUGAGGUACAUUAGCCAGCCACCUCUUCUGCUUGAUGUGCAUAUCCACAAGCCAAUGCUGAAUGCUCGGACUUGGAUGGAUGCAUUGCUCGCCUUUUUUCCAGGUUUGCAGGUCUUAAAGGGGGAUAUUAGACCUGCUAUUGAAACUCAUGAAAUGUUAUAUCAGGUGAUUAAAAAACAUAACUUCCUACCAGAGGCAUUUACUACAGAUUUCAGGGUACAUUGGGCUCAACAUCCUUUAAGACCAGAAUUUGCAGAAAGUACCUACUUCUUAUAUAAAGCUACAGGAGAUCCUUACUACCUUGAAGUAGGGAAAACACUUAUUGAAAAUUUAAAUAAAUAUGCUAGAGUGCCUUGCGGAUUUGCUGCCAUGAAGGAUGUUCGUACUGGAAGUCAUGAGGACAGAAUGGAUUCUUUCUUCUUGGCUGAGAUGUUUAAAUAUCUUUACCUAUUAUUUGCGGAUAAAGAAGACAUUAUUUUUGACAUAGAAGAUUACAUCUUUACAACAGAAGCUCAUCUGUUACCUCUUUGGCUCUCUACUACAAAUCAAAGCAUCUCUAAGAAGAAUACAACUUCAGAAUAUACAGAACUGGAUGACAGUAAUUUUGAUUGGACUUGUCCAAACACUCAGAUUCUCUUCCCUAAUGACCCAUUAUAUGCUCAGAGCAUUCGUGAACCCUUGAAAAAUGUGGUGGAUAAGAGCUGUCCUAGAGGCAUCAUCAGAGUCAGAGAGGAGAGUUUCAGGAGUGGAGCUAAACCCCCUCUGAGAGCCAGAGAUUUCAUGGCCACUAACCCUGAACAUUUAGAAAUCUUGAAGAAGAUGGGGGUGAGUUUGAUUCACCUCAAAGAUGGGAGAGUCCAGUUGGUUCAACAUGCAAUCCAAGCUGCUAGUUCAAUUGAUGCUGAGGAUGGUUUGAGGUUCAUGCAGGAGAUGAUCGAAUUGUCAAGUCAGCAACAAAAAGAACAGCAGCUGCCUCCACGAGCUGUUCAAAUUGUAUCCCACCCAUUUUUUGGCAGGGUAGUAUUGACUGCUGGACCAGCUCAGUUUGGGCUGGAUCUGUCUAAACAUAAAGAGACAAGAGGAUUUGUUGCAAGCAGUAAACCAUACAAUGGUUGUUCAGAGCUUACUAACCCCGAGGCAGUGAUGGGAAAAAUCGCUUUGAUACAAAGAGGACAGUGCAUGUUUGCAGAAAAGGCACGCAACAUUCAGAAUGCUGGUGCCAUUGGUGGCAUUGUUAUUGAUGACAAUGAGGGGAGCAGCAGUGAUACUGCCCCUCUGUUCCAGAUGGCAGGUGAUGGAAAAGACACAGACGACAUCAAGAUCCCCAUGCUAUUCUUAUUCAGUAAAGAAGGAAGUAUCAUAUUGGAUGCCAUCCGGGAAUAUGAGGAGGUGGAAGUACUCCUUUCUGACAAAGCAAAAGAUAGAGCAGCAAUAUUAAAAGGUAAAAUGAUUCCAAGCUACAUUAUUAAUAGUAAUCCUGAAAUGGAAAAUGAAGAACAACCAUCCUCUGAAAAUGAUUCUCAGAAUCAGAGUGCUGAACAGAUUACAUCAAGUUCUCAGGAGGUUGAUUUGGUGGAUCAAGAGUCUCCUGAGGAAAGUUCUCUAAACUCACAACCAGAAUCAUCAUCUCCAACAGAUACAGACAAUGCUGCAAGUGUUUCUGCUUCUGAACAGAAUUCUAACCCCGUAGAAAACCAUGAGACUACAAGUCUUGAUGGUGAAUGUACAGAUUUAGAUAACCAACUUCAAGAACAAUCAGAAACCGAAGAAGAUUCCAAUCCUAAUGUUAGCUGGGGUAAAAAGGUCCAGCCUAUAGACUCCAUAUUAGCAGACUGGAAUGAAGAUAUAGAAGCAUUUGAAAUGAUGGAGAAAGACGAACUAUGACUCACUAAAAAAUCUGAUGGUAGGUAUUUAAAAAGAAGAGGCAAACUGUGGUUCACAGACACCCUGAAACUAAGCAGGCUCUCUAAUGGGAGUCUUUAAGUAUGGUGAUGAGCAACCACGUUCUGACUGAGAUAGUUAUAGGAAUCUGGAGCAUGCUGUGUUAGAACUGACCUUGCUUAAAACUGUCCCAUCCAAAAUGGAAACUCACAGUCCCUCCCCAACCCCGAUCCCCACCCCAUGACAGCAUCGCACCACCCUGCAAGCACCUCAGGCCAGGAAAAAGAUUGCUGGGCAUUCCUAGGAACCAGAUUUCUGCAGUCUCUGGGUAGACAAGAAACAAAUUCAGUUAAUAGUAGAGUGGAAAAUAGAAAUUUGUAUAGCUUUCUAAUUAAAGGAAGCUCGGCUUUCUUGGUUUGGGUGUUAGAGGCUCUUUUGGGGAAAGACAAGUGAGUAUUGUAGACAUUCUGGUUAUGCUGCCUUCACAGAAACACUCAAAGUGACCUAAGUGGUUAUGAAGCAAAUACAUUUAUGGUGAAGACAGCCUUUGCUCAUCACUUUCACUUGCUUCAUUGUGUAACAAAUGAUCAAGAUGACUUGAUUUUUUUCUCUCUUAACAAUGUCCUUUUCAUUUAAACCAAAGGUGAAGCCAGUAUACUUUCUCAGUGAGUUCUCUGCAUAAAGGUUAAUCAUUGGGACCAGGUAAAAAGGUCAUAUAAUAUAUUAUGGAAAUUGGUUACUUAAUACUUAAGAAAAAUGGAACAAGGGAGAAACUAUAAUGUAAUAUGAACUUGCCAUUGGGCCUUCCGUAGGGAAAGCCGUGACUACUCUGAAAUGGAACUUAAAGUUCUAUCCUUGUCGGGUAAAUUAUAAAUCUUUUCCAGUUCAUUUCUCUUAGAGGUAAUUACCUCUAGCCAUCAGCCUUACUCCAUCCCAUGUUUAGUAUGCAAUUUGAGCCACAAGGGCCAUAUCGCCAAGAGCUGAAUACAUUUUGUUCCAUUUUUCUAUCUUAGGGAGCCAUAAUAAAACUGUGGUAGUGAUCUAAAAAUCCUAGGGAAACUACUAUUUUUCUUCUUUGAAACUAUGGUUUCUAAAGUUGCACCUGAGUCUGUCACAUUUUCUGUUGAAUCAUGGUUUUUAAGGUUUGUUUAAAAGAAUUUUUUUAACAGAUAUUCCUUCUGAUAUGGACUUGAAAAUUAAUCUAUGGUAACCUGUGUAAGAAACUUACACAGUAGCAACUAACAUAUAGCCAUACAGCGGAAUGAGAAUUUAGUUUCCUUUUUUGGGUUGGGGGGGGUGGUGGUUGGCAGUCUGGUGCUGGCCUCAUUUAAG